AUGCCCUCCCACAACCGCUGGACCACAGACUCAGACAUGCCACCCUCUGGAGCUGAACAGCCCCAGGACAGCCGCCCACAGCAGUCCCAGUCCCAGCCACAGUCACAAGCUCGGGCUCAAGCGUGGCAGCAGCAACUCGGGCAGGCGCACCAGCAAGCGCUCCAAGCGCAGCAGCUGGCCCAGCAACAGCAGCCGCGAGCCCAGCAGUAUCAGACCCAACCGCAGCAGGUGUUCCAGCAGCAGCACAUAUCACCACAGGCCACCGGCACCAGCUCGCGGUCGGCCGGCUCGUCGACCCUCGUGGCCCCGUCCAUCGUGGACGCGCCGCCGUCGUAUGCGCAGGCAUGGGCUGAUGACGGGGUACGCAUCGCCUUGCGCGAAGAGGCCCUCCGCCUCGCCACCAUGUCUGACAAGCUCAACCCCCGUCCGCGGCCGACAACGAGCUCUGGCGACAAGGACGAGCACCUUGCAGCCAUGACGGUUGGGUAUACGCCCGUGUCGUCGCCCGUCUCCGCCUCACCCCGUCCAUACCCCGUCUUGCCGCGUCUUCACCGCGACCACACCGGGUACCAGAGCAUCCCGGAACACGACCCCAAUGAUCCUCCCCGCCGGGACCCCCACUCCAACUUCUACUCCCGCUCCCGCUCCAGCUCCAGCUCCAACUCCGACUUCAACGCCCACUCCAACACCCGGUGCAAGCACCUCGUACCGACCCGCCGCGCGCCUUCGUCCAGCGGCUCCUCCGUCACCGAAGACGACGGCGAGCACGGCAACCACUGCGACGCGACCGACGCGCUGCAGUUCCUCGUCGCCGUGGCAUUCUUCCCCGUCACGCUCCUGUGGUUUGCCGUGUCGUCGAUCAACGACAAGGCCAAGCGUCGCCACAAGAAGAACAAGAAGGCGUCUUCGUCGUCGUCGUCGUCGUCAUCGUCCUCGCCGUCGUCUAAAGAAUGUGCGCCGCCGACCCAGAACCAGGACCAGGACCGCGAUUGA